AUGCAAGUCCUACUAGCCUCACAAGAUUUGUGGAAGUUAGUGGAUCGAGGAUAUGAUGAGCCAGCUACUCUCGAAGAUGAACGAAAUUUAAAUGACGCUCAAAAGACGACGCUAAAAGAUUCAAGGAAGAGAGAUAAAAAGGCUUUGUAUCUACUCUAUCAAGGCAUUGAUGAGUCAAGUUUUAAGAAGAUUGCAGCAGCAACAACCUCUAAAAAGGCAUGGAGUAUUCUUCGCAAUUCACACCGUGGAAUUGAGAAGACGAUCAGAGUUCGACUCCAAGUGUUACGUGGCGAAUUCGAGAUGUUGCACAUGAAUGAGAAUAAGUCAAUUUUUGAGUACUUCAACAGAACAUUGACCAUUGUUAAUCAGAUGAGAAGAUAUGGAGAGAAGAUGGAAUCUCUUCAAGUGAUAGAGAAGAUUCUACGAUCACUUAGUCCCAAGUUUGAGCACGUGGUUGUAGCAAUAGAAGAGUCCAAAGAUCUCAGUGCCAUGACCACCGAUGAGCUGAUGGGCACACUUGAGAUUCAUGAACAAAGAAUCAACAAGAAGACUCCCUCAAGUUCUCUAGAGCAAGCUCUUCAAUCAAAGCUGUCUUUCAGAGAUGACAGGAACGAGCAAGGGGUUACAAUAACCAAAGUUCUGGUUUUUGAGGAAGAGGUGGAAGAGUGCCACAAGUUCGGGCAUUACAGCAAUGAAUGCCGAAGUAGAACAAAAACAGAAGCCAGAGAGCAAGCAAAUUUUGCUGAGGAGGAAACAAACAAAGUUGGACCUGCGGUCCUGUUUGUCCACCAUGGAGACACUGAAAACCAAAACAAUGUUUGGUAUCUAGAUUCGGGAGCCAAUAAUCACAUGUGUGGUAAAAGAGAGUUGUUCAUUGAGUUUGACGAGACUGUACAAGCACAAGUCUCAUUUGGCGAUUCUUCAAAGACUCCGGUGAAAGGAAGAGGUAAUAUUCUGAUCAAGCUCAAGAAUGGAGAUCAUGAUUACAUUUCCAAUGUUUAUUAUGUUCCUGCCAUGAAGAAUAACAUUUUGAGUAUGGGACAACUCCCUAAGAAAGGAUACGACAUCAGCAUGAAAGUUGUCAUCUUACCAUCAAAGACAAUCAUGGUAAUUUGA